AAUUGUUAUAAAGUGUUUAAAAUCACAAAAAUUAAAAAAACUCUGGGCUGAUCUCUUGACCUUUAGCGACCAAAAGAUACAGCUUUGUGGAUAAACUCUACACAAUGUGAGCUGUCUAUCAGCCGCAACGCAAAGAAUAUACAAGCAUACAUUCCCCACAACAACAAAGAUAAAGACGAAAAGUUAAUGCCAAAAGACAACGCCAAAAUGUACGCUAUUAUACGACCGACCAGUGCAUAGUCAAAACCCACUCAACAUAUUUGGUAUUCCAGCGGGUACACACAUAAGUAGCGAGGCUCAUCACUCAGCGGCAAAUCAUCUGUCAAAGCUGGGCAGCCAAGACGUUAACAGCUAAGUAACCCAAUAAGGCAGUUCGUGCGACAGUUCGAGUCCGCCAACCGUUGUCUGCCACUACACUGAGGCAUGUUUGGGUCACAGCCAGCAUCCGGGAGGCUGGUCACACGUCUGCCGUGGGCUACACUCAUCUCAACUACAACGUCACGCUCGUCAUAUUUCGAUGCCGGGGGCCCAGCCUUGGCUUCUGCUAUCGGUAGAGUAGCAGCCAGUACCAGCCACGAAGAAAGCCUACGUAACAAGAGCGCGAUUGCGGGUGCGGUGUGGGGUGAUGAUGCGGACAUCGAUCCCGCCACGGAUUAUGUGCCACCCUCACAACGACCCGAAACCUAUAUUAUCACAGUGCUUUUUGCGCUCAUCUUUAUUGUUGGCGUUUUAGGUAAUGGCACUUUGGUGAUAAUAUUUUUUCGGCAUCGCUCCAUGCGCAACAUUCCCAACACUUACAUUCUGUCGCUGGCCUUGGCCGAUCUGCUGGUCAUUACCAUUUGUGUGCCAUUGGCCUCCAUCGUCUAUACACAGGAGAGUUGGAACUUUGGCGCCGAGAUGUGUCGCAUCAGCGAGUCCUUCAAGGACAUUUCCAUUGGCGUUUCGGUAUUCACACUGACCGCCCUGUCUGGCGAACGCUAUUUCGCCAUUGUGAAUCCGUUGCGCAAACUGCAGACAAGGCCUUUGACCGUUUUCACCGCAUCAAUGAUCUGGAUAGUGGCCAUUUUGCUGGCGGCGCCGUCGUUUAUUGUCUCCGAUCUUCAAGAGAUACAUAUUCCGCCAAGCAGGAAUAGUAAGAACUUGACAAUUGUGAUUUGCUCGCCGUUCGGACGUUAUCGCCCCAAUUAUAAGUCUUAUUCUAAAUACACAGUGAUCAGCAAGGCGAUCAUCUAUUAUCUGCUGCCGCUGUUCAUUAUCGGCGCCCUGUACAUAUUAAUGGCCAAACGUUUGCGCACGAGUGCACGCGAAAUGCCCGGCGAGGCGUUGGGUAUGCAAAGCCGGUCGCAGGUGCGAGCGCGUCGUUACGUGGCGCGAAUGGUGGUCUCCUUUGUUGUGAUAUUUUUCGGCUGCUUCUUCCCUUACCAUGUAUUCGAGUUGUGGUUCCACUUAAAUCCUACGGCUAUAGAUGACUUUGAUGACUUCUGGCAUGCCGUUCGCAUAAUAGGAUUCUGUGCAAGUUUUUUGCACUCAUGCGUCAAUCCCGUCGCAUUGUAUUGCGUGUCCGGCGUGUUCCGGCAGCACUUCAAACGCUACUUGUGUUGCUUGUGCAUUAAAAGACAGCCGCGCAUUCGCCAACACUCCACAGCGACGGGAGUGAUGGACACGAGCGUCAUGUCGAUGCGGCGCUCCACCGUCAGCAACUACAACCGCGCAUCGAUGCACAUCAACAGCAACAGGGGUGGCACCAAUGGCGGCGGUGGCAGCGCUGAAGGCGGGUCCAGCACCAGUACAAGCUUUCAACGGCAAGCCUCAAUGCCGCUGUACCACAGCGUCACGCUGCAGAAUAACGGCGCUGGCGGCGGCACCCACGCCGCUGGUGAUAAAAGAUACUCUUUGGAUAGCUUGGAGCGUUACUAAGUCGCGGCAUUUCAUAUAUAAGUAUAUUGGCAAUAUACAUA